AUGUCCGGUUCUCACAACGACAUCAACGUGCUUCAACGGUCGCCGGUGUUCAGGAGGCUUUGCAAUGGGGAAUCACCGUCGUGCAACUACACCAUCAACGGCCGGGACUACAACAUGGGGUACUAUCUUGCCGAUGGUAUCUAUCCUCAGUGGGCGGGAUUUGUGAAGACCAUAGCCGAGCCGCGUGGCAAUAAACAGAGCCACUUUGCAACAAUGCAGGAAGCGGCUAGGAAGGACGUGGAGAGGGCAUUUGGUGUGCUUCAGGCUCGUUGGGAAAUUGUGCGGAGCGCUGCAAUGAUGUGGGAAUCAGAAACUUUGUGGCAGCUGAUGACAUGUUGUGUUAUUCUGCACAAUAUGAUUGCCGAGGAUGAGGGUGAUGGUAUGCAUCAGAAUCUUCGAAAUCAGCAGGUGCACGCACAACUACUCGAUGAUCUUGUGGAGCAUAUGUCGAUCCAUAAUGGCAACCAAGGAGCCAAUGCUUGA